UUUCCCUCUGUGCAUUGCUUAGCUUUUGCAAUCUGAUAAAUUCCCAGCGGAUGGCAGGAUUUUAAAGCAGCAACUUUAUAUUCUUUGAAUUCUCAGCCAGUAGGAGCUUCACAUCAGAGCCUCUGGUUCAGAGGUGGGACUCCACUCCCUCGGACUCUGCUGAGCCGAACCAUGACGUCCCAUCCAGGCACCGCGACUGUGCUGCUGCCCAUCGCUCUCUGCCUCGGCUUGGCCUCUGUGUGUUUCGGGGCUGCAAUUCCUGUUGCAUGUGGUUCCAUCUACAAGAGUUUUGCACAGUGUUUACUCACACUUGGGGACAGUUUGGUGGACACACAAAAAGACCAGAGCACACAGGACAUCGAUGCAAUCUGCAGGUCCUGGAACGCGUUCCAUGUUUGCGCAAACUCAGCUCUGGCCGGCUGUCCUGGGGAGGCAGCAGCUGUCUGGGAGUCUCUAAGACAAGAGUCCAGGAAGACGCAGUUUUCUGGAAACCUCUACGACAUGUGUGCCAGCCGCACAACCCUCCCACCCAGCACCGUGCCUGCACCCCAGAGCCCCCCCACCUCUGACCAGACUAACCAGGAAACACUGAAAGGGCGAACAUACAAGCACAGCCCCACCCUCAGCACACUGUUGUUCCCUGCAUUCAGCACACUACUGGUUCUGCUCAGGAGUUAGUCAGCUGAUCAAUCAGAGAGCCCCCACCCCCCAGGAGCCAAACACAUGUCGAUCCUUAACUCUGGAUUCCAGAAACUGGAUUCAAAAUGAAAUAUUUUUUUCUUAGAUGGACAAGGUUGUGUAUAUAUUUAGACAUUAGAUCAGAUCAUAUUAUUGCUGGUGUGAUUUUACAUGCCUCAGAGAGGACAGAGACGCUGCUUUCAUUCUGAAUUUCAUUCUCAAUUUUCAAAUUCUCCAUACCGAGUUUUGCUGAAAAGUGUCACUUUUUCAGAAAUGUGGAAUACACUGCAUUCAUGUAAUUUACUAUUGCUAAAUCAUAAUAUUUAAUGCUGGACUGGAGUAACACAGGGAGUAAUCCAGGGAGAAGAGGAAGAGGUAGCCGACAGAAAAAUUGUAUCUAAUCUCAUUACUGCAGUAAAUCUAUAAUACAGGGUGAUUUCUUUGGACAAGAGAGUUGAGGGAUUUUUUUAAAAUGCCAGGUGCUCAGAUCUGUGCGAAAUCCAAUCAGGAAAGAGAAUAUUAUUAAAAGCGGCAAAACAGUGUCUGUGCAGAAAGUUUAAUUUAUCAUCUUAUAGGACUGGCUUAAUUUCAGCAAAUUAGAUUUCUGUGUGGAAGGAUUCUUAGCAGUGUUUUCCAAUUUUAUCACGAUUUUAAAAUUGUUUCAUUUCAUGUGACUCCUUUCAGUGAUUUUCCUGUUCUUUUUAAGGCCUUUGCACAUCAACACCAUUACAAAUAAACAGCAAAAAAUUUUGAAUAAUUCAGAGGCACAUUUCGACGUGGCUGAUUUUCACAUUAAGCACGACGUGAUUUAGAGAAAACCAAUAAUGACGAAGAGAAGAGAACUUGAUGAGCUUCACUUCUAUCUUCAGGAGGUUAAACUGUAACACAGCUGCUUCAGGACCUAUUUUAAGAUUGUCCAUCGGACAAUUUAAUGUCAAGUCAAGUCAACUUUAUUGUCAAUUCCUGCAAAAUGUUCCAGAUAUUCAAAGGAAUGGAAAACCCUCUGUCGCCCAACUGAACAGAAAUUUAUAAAACUGUGAAAUAUGGAAAUAUGAUGAUAUGAAAUGAAAUUUGGAAUGAGCACAAAUGGCCCCCUUUAAUGUUGAACAUCUUUUCUUUGAUUCUGAGGGAGCUCUGUUAAGCUAUCCCACACUGCAUUUCAUUCACUGGUUUUCACAUUUACAGUAUUUUUACUGUUUACUUUUCUGGUACAUGUCUCUUUGUUUCACUCUGAA